ACUUUGUUUUGUUAUUCAGACAAGUCUCCGAAGUUCUCGCUAGCCGCGGAAACCAAGUCUGCCGACGAAAACAUGUCUUCCGGCCGAAACAGGUCUCGCGUGAACGAACCUUACUGGGCAGAGAUAUACGCCAAGGGUAACACAGGUGUGUUUUGGGACUUGUUGUACCAAGAUGAGAAAAACCUCCUCCCCAAAGAAUUGAUUGAUAAAUAUGAGGCUGCCGGAAUCAGUAUCAAUUUCGUACCCGAUAUUCCUGAGGCGUAUGGAUAUGCUAGAGAUCAUAAGAUGUUAGUGGACAUUCUUCGGUGGGCAGUGGACAGUCCUAUAGAAUCCAAUUUGAUUGUACUCUCAAAGAACUUGAAAGAAGAGUUGACUGUCUGUGUUAUUCAAGGUUUGCAUGAUAGAGGUUACAAUGUUCUCUUAGCAGUUCCUACAGAAGAGAUACCUUUUACUGAAAGCUCAGCAUGGCUUUGGGAUGGCCUUUGUGCAAGCCUAUCAUCAGAUGGAAGCCGAAGCUCACAACAUGUUGACAAUAAGGCGGAUACUGUUGCUGUUGCCGAUUCUGUGUAGUGACUAGGGAGCAAAUAUCGGUAGAGGAGACUAACAUGUAUUUUUGAUGUUUUAUGUUAUAAUGAUGCACUCUAUAUAUAUAUAUAUGAUUCUCUUUGAUUUGAUCAUUUUAAUUUUUUCUUCAUAUAAAACAAAAACAAAAAUUAAAAUAUCGAAAAUACUCUUUUAUGGACUAAGAGAAAAUGCAUGUAUGUGUAUUUUUGUUAUUCUGAUGUUGUUUUAUAAAUAUGUGAAGUGUUG